GCAUAAAACAUCAGAUCUGACUUUUGACAGCUGAAUAUUGAAAUUGAAAGAAAUGACCAUGAAGCCUUGCACAGGCAUUGUCCUGCUCCUCUGCUUUGGGUUUACAUUCUCUGCAACAACAGUGAGCAAGGAUGUUAUGCCCGCCAAAAAAUGCGUUCAUCAAACAGUUUCAAGGUCUUUGACGUAUCUAGUAGACACCACUGGCUCUAUGUUUGAUGAUGUAGCUGUGUUAAGGGAUGUCAACGACUGGCUCCUUGCUGAAGUUGGCUCUCAAUUUCCAUGUGGAGUAUGGAAAUACACGAUGGUGCAGUUUAACGAUCCCAGUUUCGGCACUGUGCAGCAGACAAAUUCGAUUACAGAGUUCAAAAAUUUUUUCAAUAGUCUUUCUAUCAAGGGGGGUGGUGACUGCCCAGAAAUGGCACUUAGUGGCCUAAAAGUGGCACUUCAGCAAUCUCCAUAUAAUUCGGUAAUCCUAGUGAUGACAGAUGCACCGGCUAAAGAUUACAACAAUGUGGCACUGAAGGCUGCGAUCGACUCACUCAUUAGUACAACUGAAUCACAGGUCUUUUUUCUAAUUACAAGUGAAUCGUGUCCUAUGAAAACUGACCCAGGGUACCCGGUUUACCUGGAUAUCGCUAGCAAGAGUUUUGGUCAUGUUUUUCACUUGAACCUCGCAACCCUUCCAAAAGCAUUUUUGUAUGUAAAGACUGCUCUUUCCCGUCCUGGUAACACCACUGACAGACUCCUUUCCCGAGAGUAUACUACUGGCAGUCAUACUGACUCUUUCACCGUUGCAAAGAACUUUGCUGAAUUUUCAAUAACCACCAGUGGAACCGUUUCCUCUGUCAAAUUAACUUCUCCAGACAAUAAGGCUGUUGUGUUACAAGUCAUCAUGUCUGAAAGUUGGGGAUCUCUUUACCGUGUGAAGAAACCUAGGAAUGGCAAAUGGCAAAUUGUUAUGGUGGGGGCUGAUCGACAUUCCGUGCGAGUGGAAGGAUAUAAAGUGACAGACACUUCAGCCGUAAAAAAAUGCUCAGAAUGCGACACUAAUGCUAGCUGUGAAGAAGUCUAUGGCACUAAAAUAUGCACCUGCAAAGAUGGAUUCAUUGGCGAUGGGAUUAGAUGCUCUGACAUUAAUGAAUGUGCCUAUUCCUGGUUAAACAACUGUACUUCCUCUACCUGUAUCAACACCGUCGGUUCCUUCUCAUGUGGCUGCAAAAGUGGAUACACUCUAAACUCAAAGAAAGGAUGCGUGGAUAUCGAUGAGUGUUCAAACUCCACCCUCAACAGCUGCCAUCGUUUCGCCAUUUGCACAAACACUGAUGGUUCUUACAAUUGUUCAUGUUCUCGUGGCUUUGAGGGCAAUGGAUUGUCUUGCAAGUUUACCAAGUGUAAAGAUGUUAAAGAUCUGGAUUUGGUGGUGAAUUGCAAUAAGAAUGAAAUGAAAGCUUCCUUUGCAAUCUGCCAGCUGAAGUAUCUAAAGCAUGAUCAAACAAAUGUCCGUCUUGCUGAUGUAAAGUGCACUGCUUCUGAAGAUGGAGAAUUUGUCACUGCCGUGUCUCCUCUAGAAGAUGGAAAAUGUGGCACCAAGGUGUCUAAAAAUUCAACUCAUAUCACCUACCGAAACACAUUAUUUGCUGCACCUAUGGCAAUGCACCCAUCAGGAGGAAGACCAAUAAUAAAGUUCCCUACCAGAAAGAUCUUUGAAUGUUCAUAUCCACUGAAAAAGGCAGAGGCCUGAAAAACAACAUCAAGUGAUUUGCAAUUGUACAGCCAAGGGAAGAUCCUGCUCCAUUUAAUGCUUAUUGUGUGAUUGGAAAAAUAAAAGGAUACUGGAGAAUGGCAAA